UUGAGUUUGGUUCUCUCUCUCUCUCUGACAGUUUGACAGCAUCAAGGUAGAGGUGGUUGAGAAUAAUGAGGCUCUGCAUUCAGGCAAGAAUGAGCUCAAAAACCUGCGCAGACAGACACCUUCUGGAGAUAGACAUACAGUCUACAAUGAGCAUAGUAAAACAUACCUACCUGCACCAUCUCUCUCUCUCUCUCUCUCUCUCUCUCUCUCACAUCACCUGACCAGUUACAUCACACACACUGGACAAUACCCAACAUCGGUAAGCCCCAUACACAACCUAUACUGUCCUACACGCUUAGAAAAAAGGGUUCAGCUAUCCCCAUAGGAGAACCAUUAUUGGUUCCAGGUAGAACCAUUUUGUGGUCAAUGUAGAACCCUCUUUAUAAAGGGUUCUAAAUGGAACCAAAAGGGUUCUACCUGCAACCGAAUUAGUUCUUCAAAGGUGUCUCCUAUGGGGGCCCCCGAAUAACCCUAAAUAGCACCUUUUUAUCUAAGAGUGUAGGUCAACUGUAAACUGGCUCAAGGUAAAGCUGACCAUGCUAAACAGGGGUCAACUAUGCACACACACAUCCCUUAACCUACAGAGAAUGCAACACCUCUAUAUAGGGAUGUAACAUAGCCGUGUUGUCGACACAAUAACCAGCCAUCCUGGUUAUUACAUUGAACUCUGUCAUUACGAACCAGACUGAACUUCAUGACCUGUCAUCAACAUGGUCGCCACCUGGAACAUAUGUGAACUUGAUUUAUCAACAACAACUAAUACAAAACAGUCCAACAUCCGAUAGCAUUUCACAAUGCCUUGCUGGGUGUCUUUAUAGUCAGGAAAUAAAAAUAAAAAUAGUGAGUUCAAAUGGAUUUGAUUGGUCCCUGUGCCUGUCCGUCACAUCUGCUCACCAAUUGAUGGGUCUCUUUCCUUACCCGUCACAGGUCCACUCCCACGAGGAAUCUCUGAAGGACAUGGAUGGGCGGUACAACCGUGAGAUGACUCGCCUCAAUAAGAUGCUGCUGCAGUUGGAGGGAGAGCUGGUCCAGGUGAGGAUGCAGGUGGAGAGGCAUGUGGAUGACUACCAGGAGCUGCUUCACGUCAAGAUGAAGCUGGAAGCCGAGAUCGAGAACUACCGCAGCCGAAUGCACGACAUCGCCCCCGACGACAGCGUGGACUUUUCUUUAGAGCAGGCAGUGAAUUGUGGUAAGUACUGGACAUCGGCCCUACUGAACCAUCUGAUCUGAUGUAGAGGGAGAAGACACCAGGGAAUCCAACAUUAUAUCACUGUCCAUCUUAGAUGGCUCACGGAACAAUCAGUCACAGUCUAACAUCACUCCAGAUUGCUGUUCAUUCUCAGUUAUGGCUAAUAUCACUCUGUCUGCACUACCUACAUAUGUCACCGUAUAACUGCAUGAUGUCAAAGACAAUGUUCUUAACAUGUUGUAGACAGAUACAAUGGUAUUCUGAUUGUGAGUUGUUCCUUGUACGAUUGUAAGACAUUGAGUCAUUGAUUAAUUUGAUCCCAAUGUUAUGUGGAUGUGUUGCAGAGGUGGUGUCUGUUCAAUUCAUGCAAACAUCUGAGGAUGUGCAAUUUGAUUUGAACAUGGCAAUAUACUAUACAUUGCUAACAAUAUACUAUACAUUUCCAAUUCAAAUUGUAUGUCUAUUUCUAUUAGAGUCUGGUGGAACCGUCCUGAUCACACAAUAGCUCACAUUCUGAUUUAGCUCACAGAAACAGAAACCGUGAGCUUAGCAAUCAGGAUGGUUCCACAAGGCUACUUCAAUUCCUCAACUGAAAAACACCCUACAAAAUGUUCAGACUGAGAUCUUCUUCCUCUUCCCUGACUCCACAUCAGAACCGCCCCAGCUACCUAAGAAAGCCUUGAUGAAGGAUGAGGUUGAUGGAAAGGAGGUCCCCAAAAAGACAGAAGCUGCGGCAAGUCAGAAAAGUCUCCCUCCAAUCCAAGAGGCCCCCACAAAGAAGACCGAAGUCCCUGCAACUCAAGAGAGCCUCCCUACAAAGACAGAGUCGUCUACAAAGGCAGCUUAGGCUGAGACACCAACAACCGAAGCAGGCACCAGCUGAGGAUAAACCAAAGAAAGAUUCCACCUCUUGUGUCUUCUUCCUCCUCCGAUGCAGACAAUAAUGACCAUAAAGAGAAACCCACAAAGAAGUAAGCGUAGUGUUGUAGUGGUGGGCCUAAAACUGUUGGACUUAAAAUAGUGGCUGUGUGUUUACUGUUCACCCACAGAAACAUUGACACUGAUCUGAGGAAGUGAGGACUGGAGUUCUGAGGAAUUGGAUCUCGAUCAAACAGAGCUGUUUUCACAGAGAAGCUAAAGUGAAACCAAAGACAAUGCAACAGUAAACAUGUCGUCAAUAAAGCAGCAAGGAUUGUUUUAAGGCGAAGAUAUGGUUCUUCUGUUGCAGUCAUGCGCAAUGUUCUUGGUUGGUCAUCAAUCGACAAGAUAAUUGAAAAAAAAUGCUUAUCAUAUGUUAUAAUAUACAUCAUUUAAAACGGCCAAGUUCUAUUCACAGUGGUAUUCAGUUGGUAAGAGA